UAUAAUGCGAGAGCGCUGGGACACCUUCACUCAGUCACCUCAGGACUACACUUGAGACAGACACACUGAUAAGGCAUCCUGUGCUUAACUAAGUGCUUGCCGGUCGUGCGAUACCUUACUUUUUUGUUGUGAAAGUUUUCAGUUUUCAAGACUACAACUAACGAAACAAGAUGGUUGUCCCUGAAAUGAACCUCGAAACCCCAUUUUCUUCGAACCUGAUCAUGUCAGCUGUCUCGGAGGAAAGGCAUCGUGUCAGACGAUCCGCCGGCGCCUCCUCCCGCAGCGUGACCUACGGCUCCCGCGGUUCCUUGAAGCUGAGGCUGAAGGGCGACCAAGCGAACUUCCUGCAGGUGACGGCCGACGGAGCCGCCCUGGCCGUCGGGCUGCAGCAGAACUCGGAGACGGUAUGCUUCACCUUCCAUGCAUUUAACCCGGUGACCCCCUACCCAGAGGGCAACGGCGUGAUCAUCCUGGAGAGUCCACUUGGCGGGAAAUUCAUCAAGGCGGCUGGUGGCUCGGUUUCCCUUGUGCAAGGAUCGAGCAGUGACCUCAGCACAGUACAAGCGAUCGACGACCGAUUCUUCUUGCUGAGCAAUAGCCCAGGAGACAUGUACACGAGGAUCAAGCACAUCCAGUCAGGGCUCUACCUGUCAUCCAGCCCGAGUGGCAUCUCCCUCGUUCCUGGGACAAACAACGACAGUGAGCUGUACCAGAUGGUGUCUUGCAGCUCCUGAAUCAACGCUCAGUUAUUGAAUCCAAAAUACUGAUGUUACCUGAUAUAUUACUCUCCAGUAUCUUAGGAUAUUCAACUGAAAUACUUGUGGUAUUUCAUUCAAGUACCUAGGAUAAAGAGACGCAUACAUUUAUACACACCAACAAACAAACACGCACACAAACAAACAUACCUGCAUGUGUAUAUGAAUGCAGAUGUAUACACACACACGUUUUGUAUAUUUCCAUGUAUUUUUAAUAUUUAUUUGUGAUAUUUAAUUCAGAGAUAACCUAUUUAUUAUGCAAAUCAUAGUAAUAUAAUAUCUUAUUUAUUUCCACACUAAGAAUCUAUUUAUUAUAAUUCAGUCCAGGUACCCAUCUAUUUUCGUAUUCAUAGUAUCUAUGUAUUGUCAGAUCAUUAUAGUCCAAUGCUAGCACCCAACUAAUUUUGUUAAGGUAUAUAAAUUAGAUAUUUAUUGCCUAAAUCCUUGCACUCUAAUCUCAGUUCCCCUUUGUUGUCACUGUUGUACUUCAUUUGAAUUUCAUUUUAAUUAUAGCCGUCUCUGUAUUUUUUAAGUUUUCUAUUAAAUUAAUGAAAUUAU